CAUGAAUUACAGAGCUACUAGCAACAGAUUGUGCUUUUAUUUCUCUUCUUAGGAAAUGGAUGAAAGAUUUAAGUUCUGACACAAACAGGAAAACACACUAUGAGCAUUUAUCCUGAAGGCAUCAACUCUUUAAAUAGCUACUGAGUAGUGUGACUGUUUCUCACAAGGACCAGAAACUCCACUGCUCUUUGUUUCGCUAGUCCUUGUAUGACUAGAGGCAUAAAGCUUUAUCCUAUCACAGUGUGUUCAGAUAGCUAUGCAUGUUUGUGACUGUAGUCUGGGAAAGGAUUUACUGCAACUGGAGGCAUGAAGAAACUUGGAUUCAAAUAUAUUUUGCUCUGUUCCUUUAAGGAUAUCAUCAGUGAGACUUUAUUCGGCUCCAAGAGCUACUUAAAAUACAGGACAACAACAGAAAGGGGAGUACAGAGCUGGAGCUAUCAAUGCUGCAAGAAGAAAUGGUGCGUGCUAUUAUGAAAAUGAAGUCUGGAGAAACAUCAGGGAAAAUCCCUCCCUCAGUGCCGAAGAAUUAACAGGAUGCUUUCCAAUGAGUCCUUACGUCAUCCCAUGUUCAGCCGUUCCAAUUCCCAGGCCUCCGUGGAUAGCACCUCAAUGGAGGAUUUCUGGUGUGAAGUGGAAAGUAUCCAAGAAAACAGUGAACAAGGACAAGAAGAACAAACACUAUUAGAAGUCAAACCAGCUGAUGAGGGGGAACUUGAAGCUGAAUGGCUGCAAGAUGUGGGCCUAUCUACGUUGAUUUCGGGGGCUGAAGAAGAGGAUGGGCAAGCCCUGCUGUCCACACUGACCCGCACGCAAGCCGCCGCAGUACAAAGAAGGUACAACACCUACACUCAGACUAUGAGGAAGAAGAACAAACACACUGUCAGGGAUGUGCGAGACAUCUUUGGAGUUAAUGACUCUUCUCCCACGUUUGAGACAGUGCCAGUGUCACCAGUUCCUUCGAAUGGUAUCCAGCUUCCGGGACAGAAGCCAGUUUGGAAAUCAGUGAGUUCUAAUAGCUGUCUAGACUGUGGACUAGAUAAAGACAGCCCAUCAGUAACAGAAGAGCUAUCCUAUGAGGUUUCUUUCUCAGAAUCCAUCACAGUGGUCCCAAAAAACAGAGAACGGCAGAACAACCAGAGAUUCAAAAAGGAUGAUUCUGCUUUGCCUAAAUUUAUUGUUCGAAAAAGCCAAUUUGGCCUGACAGAGGUUGGAGACCUAUCUCUUGAAGACAUGAAGAAAAUUCGCAAUCUCUCUCUGAUUGAACUAGCAGCCUUCUAUGAUGCUUUGGGAAUAGAACUCAAGAGGAACCGAACAGAAAGACUCAAAGGACGAGAAAAUGGCCUUUUUGGAGUCCCUCUCUCAACACUGUUGGAAAACGAUCAAAAGAAGGUUCCUGGAAUAAAAGUUCCUCUCAUCUUUCAAAAACUGUUGCUCAAGCUUGAGGAAACGGGUUUAGAAACGGAAGGAAUUCUUCGAGUUCCUGGAUCUGCCUCAAGAGUUAAGAAUCUCCGUCAAGAAAUUGAAAUCAAAUUUCAUGAAGACACAUUUGACUGGAACCAAGUACGAAACAAUGAUGCAGCAGGACUGCUGAAGAUGUUUAUAAGGGAACUCCCAAGCCCCCUUUUCACUGUAGAAUAUCUGCCUGCCUUCAUCACACUAGUGGAAAAAGUCUCCAAGGUCAAGUUACAGUUACAAGCUUUGCAUCUGUUGAUCAUGUUGUUGCCUGAUGCCAACAGGGAUACAGCCAAGGCCUUUCUGCAGUUCCUGAAGAAGAUAGUUGCUAAUGAAGGGAAAAACAAAAUGAACUUAUGGAAUGUUUCCAUGAUUGUUGCACCAAACGUCUUCAUCUACAAAGGCAAACAUGCAAACCAAAAAGAGAUGCAAGCAGCAGCCACUACGGCACACAUAGUGAGACUUUUAAUUAAGUACCAGGACAUCCUGUGGACAGUCCCGUCCUUCCUGAUUUCUCAAGUGAGAAAGAUGAAUGAGGCUACAAUCAACAACACCAAAAGACAGAUGAUGUUUGACAAGGGUGUGAGAAGAUUGCUGAGGAGGAAGACCAUGGAACGAGAGAGACCUGAAAGAUCAGAGACUCACAUACCCGAGGGGGUGAUAAGAGUUUAUGCUCCACUGCAUUCAAAAGUUUCUAUGGCAAUUCAACUGAACAGUCAAACAAAAGCCAGAGACAUCCUGGCUCGAUUUCACUGUGAAAACAGCCAUGCAUCGUCAAAGAACACGGAAGUCCAGAUCCAACGUUUAUAUGAAAUUGGAGGAAACAUAGGACUGCAUUGUUUGGACCCAGAUGCAUAUAUGUUAGAUGUUUACCGUGCAAAUCCUCAAGCAGAAUGGGUGAUAAAACCAAAAUCAAGUUGAAGCUUACAAAGACAUCACACCUCAGUGAUUUGGAAAAAAGCCAAAAAGAUGGCAAUGAUGCCUUCCAGCUCAAGAAGACCUGGCCACAGAUGAAACCAAAGCAUUUGUUAUUUUAUAUAUAUUCCUCCCAACGUACUUUACCAUUGAGCCUUUCCAUAUACCGAAUAGGUCUUGAGAGCUGUUACUCCAAUUUAUGGAACAUUAUACAAUGGUGACACUCUCACAUGGAUUAUAUUUGUGCCAGUUGUUCAAUAGACGUGAAGGAGGAAGGAACAGAGGUACUUAGACACAACCUGUGGAAUAGAGUAUUUUUUUUUCACUUCUUGACUUGAUGCUGAGAAAACACAUUUUUAUAAACAGAUAACACAAUGACAUCCAAGAAUGUAGUGAAUGCUACCAACUGCAAGGUAAUGCAAAGGAAUCACCAUGGUAUGCAAGAAGGGAAACACAUCUAUUAAACAUGGACUAUGGAAGCUGGACUGACAGCCGUGCCAAAAUGUGUUUAUGUGAUAAACUCGAACCCUUCUGUCAAAAGCAAACCAGUUUAUAAUGUAAAAUGUGCAUUGUUACAAUAUUUGUGCCGCUGACUCACUCCUCAUUAGUAGCUGAUACGGAGGAGAACGAACUACUGUGUAAAGACAAACAUACUGUUUAUGUAUGUUGUACUGUAUAUGUUACUACUACCGGUAUCAGCCUUCUGAUACAUCUUUCUCCAGUGUUGACCAUGUACCAAUCUAUUUGUAGCACCACUGCCUCACAAAUUAAACAAUACGUCCUCCCUCCCUCCUUCCCUCCUGUAUACACACAUGUAAAAGUGAUGGGGCUCUGAGACAGACACUAGUCUUCCCCUGACUAGUUUUCACUGACUAGUCAUGGGUUUAAAAUGUUUUCUGCAUAAUUAUCUUAAUAUGUGUGCUGAAUGUCUUAAAGGGGCCAUUUACAGACAUUACUCUUUCUCCAAAACCUAGUAUUUUCUAAUUUUUAGACUAAUUGUUUUUCCUUGGUCUAGUUUAGUUUAACGUGUAAGGUAGUUUUUAGUCUUGUCAGCAGUGUUCAGAAGAAAGAUCAUGUCUGACAAUUGUGUACUGAGGCAGGCGUUUUAGGUUUUUCCUCUUCAUAGAGAUGGAGAAGAAGAAGAGUUAGAGUGGUAGACUUUAAGGUCAGAAGGGACCAUCAUGAUCGUCUAGUCUGACCUCCUGCACAACGCAGGCUGCAGAAUCUCACCCACCCACUCCUGUAAUAAACCCC